AUGACAAUGUUAGCUGUUUGUUCAAAUCUGGAGUGCUCAGAGGAGCUGGGAGACCUUGUGAAAUCUGUAGACCCUACACUAGCACUUAGCGUCUAUCUGAGAGCCAAUGUUCCAAACAAAGUCAUCCAGUGUUUUGCUGAAACAGGACAAGUUCAGAAGAUUGUUUUGUAUGCUAAGAAGGUUGGGUAUACUCCAGAUUGGAUUUUCUUGCUGAGGAACGUAAUGAGAAUCAGCCCUGAUCAAGGACAGCAGUUUGCCCAAAUGCUUGUUCAAGAUGAAGAGCCUCUUGCAGACAUAACACAAAUUGUGGAUGUUUUUAUGGAAUAUAAUUUAAUUCAGCAAUGCACAGCCUUCUUACUGGAUGCACUGAAGAAUAAUCGCCCCUCAGAAGGUCCCCUGCAAACACGUUUACUUGAGAUGAACCUCAUGCAUGCACCCCAGGUUGCAGAUGCUAUCCUGGGAAACCAAAUGUUUACUCAUUAUGAUCGGGCUCACAUAGCUCAGCUGUGUGAGAAAGCUGGCUUGCUGCAGAGAGCACUCGAACACUUCACAGACUUGUAUGACAUCAAGCGUGCAGUAGUUCACACUCAUCUUCUCAAUCCUGAGUGGCUAGUGAACUACUUUGGCUCCUUGUCAGUAGAAGAUUCGCUGGAGUGUCUGCGUGCAAUGUUAUCUGCCAACAUCCGUCAGAACCUGCAGAUCUGUGUCCAGGUAGCUUCAAAAUACCACGAACAGCUGUCAACACAGUCACUUAUUGAGCUGUUUGAGUCCUUCAAGAGCUUUGAAGGUUUGUUUUAUUUCCUGGGCUCCAUUGUAAACUUUAGCCAGGAUCCAGAUGUGCACUUCAAGUAUAUUCAAGCUGCAUGCAAGACAGGACAGAUUAAAGAAGUAGAAAGAAUCUGCAGGGAAAGCAACUGCUAUGAUCCAGAACGUGUUAAAAACUUCCUCAAGGAAGCUAAACUCACUGACCAGCUACCGCUCAUCAUUGUGUGUGAUCGCUUCGACUUUGUCCACGACUUGGUGCUGUACUUAUAUAGAAAUAAUCUCCAAAAAUAUAUUGAGAUAUAUGUACAGAAGGUGAAUCCAAGCCGCCUGCCUGUUGUUAUUGGGGGACUGCUUGAUGUGGAUUGCUCUGAAGAUGUGAUAAAGAACCUUAUCCUUGUAGUGAGAGGCCAGUUUUCAACUGAUGAACUUGUUGCAGAAGUUGAGAAAAGAAACAGGCUGAAACUACUCCUGCCCUGGCUGGAGGCAAGAAUUCAUGAGGGUUGUGAGGAGCCUGCAACACACAAUGCAUUGGCCAAAAUAUACAUUGAUAGCAACAACAACCCAGAAAGAUUUUUGCGUGAGAAUCCUUACUAUGAUAGCCGAGUUGUUGGCAAGUACUGUGAGAAGAGGGACCCGCACCUGGCCUGCGUGGCUUAUGAACGUGGACAGUGUGACUUGGAGCUGAUCAAUGUGUGCAAUGAGAACUCUCUCUUCAAAAGCCUUUCCCGCUACUUAGUUCGCCGUAAAGACCCUGAACUGUGGGCCAGUGUGCUGCUGGAAAGCAACCCGUAUAGAAGACCACUAAUUGACCAGGUUGUACAGACUGCAUUGUCAGAGACCCAGGAUCCUGAGGAGGUGUCUGUUACUGUGAAGGCCUUCAUGACUGCAGAUCUUCCCAAUGAGCUUAUUGAACUGCUGGAGAAAAUAGUUCUCGAUAACUCUGUAUUCAGUGAGCACAGGAACUUGCAGAACCUGCUAAUUCUUACAGCUAUUAAGGCUGAUCGCACCCGUGUCAUGGAAUACAUCAAUCGCCUGGAUAACUAUGAUGCUCCAGACAUAGCCAAUAUAGCUAUCAGUAAUGAGCUCUUUGAGGAGGCGUUUGCCAUCUUCAGGAAGUUUGAUGUGAACACAUCAGCUGUACAGGUAUUAAUAGAGCACAUUGGAAACCUGGAUCGUGCGUAUGAAUUUGCUGAACGCUGCAAUGAGCCUGCUGUGUGGAGUCAGCUGGCUAAAGCACAGCUUCAGAAAGGGAUGGUAAAGGAAGCAAUUGAUUCAUACAUUAAAGCAGAUGAUCCUUCCUCGUACAUGGAAGUUGUUCAAGCUGCCAAUGCCAGUGGAAACUGGGAAGAACUGGUGAAAUAUCUUCAGAUGGCACGCAAGAAGGCCCGGGAAUCAUAUGUGGAAACGGAAUUAAUCUUUGCUCUUGCUAAAACAAACCGUCUGGCAGAGCUAGAAGAAUUUAUCAAUGGACCAAACAAUGCACAUAUCCAGCAAGUUGGUGAUCGCUGUUAUGAUGAAAAGAUGUAUGAAGCUGCUAAGCUGUUGUAUAACAAUGUGUCCAACUUUGGCCGUUUAGCCUCAACUUUAGUUCACCUAGGUGAAUACCAGGCGGCUGUGGAUGGUGCUCGGAAAGCAAACAGUACUCGCACGUGGAAAGAGGUCUGCUUUGCUUGUGUUGAUGGAAAAGAAUUCCGCCUGGCCCAGAUGUGUGGACUUCAUAUUGUAGUGCAUGCAGAUGAGUUGGAAGAGCUUAUCAAUUAUUACCAGGAUCGUGGCUACUUUGAAGAGCUGAUAACUAUGUUGGAAGCAGCACUUGGACUUGAGCGAGCGCACAUGGGGAUGUUUACAGAGUUAGCAAUUCUUUACUCCAAGUUCAAACCACAGAAAAUGAGGGAGCACUUGGAACUGUUCUGGUCCAGAGUCAACAUCCCCAAGGUUCUGAGAGCUGCAGAACAAGCCCAUCUCUGGGCUGAAUUGGUGUUCUUAUAUGAUAAGUAUGAAGAAUAUGAUAAUGCCAUAAUCACGAUGAUGAAUCACCCAACAGAUGCUUGGAAAGAAGGACAAUUCAAAGAUAUCAUAACUAAGGUGGCCAAUGUGGAGCUGUACUACAAAGCAGUUCAAUUCUAUUUGGAAUUCAAACCUCUGUUGCUCAAUGAUCUGCUGAUGGUAUUGUCCCCUCGACUUGACCAUACUCGUGCUGUUACCUUCUUCACCAAGGUUAAACAGUUACCCCUGGUUAAACCUUACUUGCGCUCUGUUCAAAAUCACAACAACAAAUCAGUGAAUGAGUCCCUGAACAACCUCUUCAUUAUUGAAGAAGACUACCAGGCCCUUAGGACUUCUAUAGAUGCUUAUGACAACUUUGACAACAUUUCUCUUGCUCAACGUUUGGAGAAACACGAGCUGAUAGAGUUCCGAAGGAUUGCUGCGUAUCUGUUCAAAGGAAACAAUCGCUGGAAGCAAAGUGUGGAACUCUGUAAGAAGGACAGACUGUAUAAGGAUGCAAUGCAAUAUGCUUCAGAAUCCAAAGAUACUGAGUUGGCAGAAGAAUUGUUGCAGUGGUUCUUGCAGGAGAACAAGAAAGAGUGCUUCGGUGCUUGUCUCUUCACCUGCUAUGAUCUUUUAAGGCCUGACGUUGUCUUGGAAACAGCGUGGAGGCACAACAUCAUGGACUUUGCCAUGCCAUACUUUAUUCAGGUCAUGAAGGAGUACUUGACCAAGGUUGAUGCAAUAAAGGAAAAGGUGGAUAAACUGGAUGCAUCAGAGUCCUUGAGAAAGGAAGAGGAGCAAGCUACUGAAACACAACCUAUUGUUUAUGGUCAGCCACAACUCAUGUUGACAGCAGGACCCAGUGUUGCAGUUCCUCCACAAGCACCUUUUGGCUAUGGUUACACCGCACCACCAUAUGGGCAACCGCAGCCGGGCUUUGGGUACAGCAUGUAAGGUGCAGCACAAGUCUGUUUGGAGCUAGCAUAUUUUCUUACUGAAACUCCACCGUCCCUCCCCGCUUUAACUCAUAACAGGGAAAAAGCAAAGAGUUCUGCCUCGUGUUCUUGUAACCUUUAUUUCAUGAAGGACUGUUUUUUCUAGCGCAAACUAUUUGAAUCACUUAUGUUAAAUCUUUUUCACAUUCCAUGUCAUUUAGACUUUACUUUAAAAGGGGGAAUAGUUUAAACAACUUUGUUCAAGUGGGCUUUUGCAGGACUGCUUAUUACCAUUAAGUCUAUUGUGAAGAUUCUGAUUUGCACUCUAUAGUGUUAAACUCUAAUAUUGAAUCUUAAGUUCAUCGUAUGUGAGCAGCUUACAGUAUGUACUGUCUAUUCUAAAUGCAUUUAAGUCUCACUGUAUAUUCAGAGAAAGCUGAAGUGAAGAUACUUGUAUUUGACCUUGCAAGACUGCUGACAGAGACAACACUAAUCAGCAUAUCCUACCCUGGUUGGAUUGCAUAGCUCUAAAAGAAUUUAAAAUGCAUACAGACAACCUUGCCUGACUUAAAAAUGAGUAAAAGUUUUUUCCUUAACCUAUGCAGGUUUUUCCAGUUAUGCAUAUAGAAAAUGCUAGUGUCUUUUUGCUCACUCCAUAUGUAACAGAUGACCUUAUGUUGUGCUGUAUCCUGUGCUUUUGUGGGACAUUCCAUUCAGGAACAGAGCACCAUGAUUCCAAUCUGUGUAUUUACUAACCCUGCCCUGAGGUUUGUGUAUGUUGGAUAUUGUGGUGUUUUAGAUCACUGUUUUGAGUGUACAGAAGAGAGAAUUCAAGCAUAUUGCUGUUCAGUUUUGUUUGUGCAAUUUGAAAUUACUCAAUUUAAAAAUAAAUUACUGGACUGUGGACAUGCUG